ACUUCCAGAAAAGCCAACAGCAGAUAUUGCAACUAUUCUUAUUCCUGUUCCCUGUAUACGAGAAGGCGCCCCUCUUGCGUUCCAGAGGCGAACCAAGCAGCCACGGUCCGGACAGUCUUCCCUCUCGCGUCAGAAACCAAUUUCACGUGAGCUCGCCGCCGGCCUGCCGUCCUAACCGAAAGUCCUCUCUCUCGCGUGAGAACCCACCUGGGCGUGAGCUUGCCGCUGGCCGCCGAAAGUCCUCCCUUCACGUGCGGUUUGAGAGCCCUCGUCUAAAGUUGUGAAUGCAAUUGAACUUCUUUUGUAGUGAUUAUAAUUCUCUGGAGAUUUUUCACACAGUUCACCUGGGUUCUUAUUGUGGCUGUUUUUGCUUGAUACACCAAGAUGACGAGCCGGAUGUGGAAGAUGUACUCAAAUUAUCUCUAUUACAAGGGUGAGAAGACAGUGCUGUGGGACAUGAUUGAGCCUUACAGACGUCCCAAGUCCUUCACUCCUAUUGCGAUCAUCUAUGUGGCUGCAUUCUAUACUGGUGUUAUUGGAUCGGCAAUAACAGAACAGCUUUAUAAGGAGAAAUACUGGGAAGAUCAUCCAGGAGAAGCUGUGCCAUUAAUGAGGCCAAAAUUCUAUUGGGGUCCUUGGAGGAUCUAUAACGGGGAUACUCUCCCUCCCAUGAAGUAAUUCUCGUAGGUUUCGUUUGGGACGGGUUUUUUAUUGCUUCUUAAAGAAUCUUUUUAGUACAAAAAUUAAAUUUUUUGUUAUAGAAAAAUGCUUUAAGAAGCAAUAAAAAAGUCAUCCCAAAUGAAAUUGUAGUUGUAUUCAAAGGAGCUCGCAAGAGAAAUAGAAGAACAAUGAAUUCCAUGUGGCAAUCUGAAGGGAUGAGGUUUCUUUAUGUUUUUUGUCUACUGAAUUCAAAACAUUGCUCUGGGAAUUAUUCCUAGCAUCAGUGCAAACCGUUACUCUUGAUGCACUGUUUUCAGCCUGGUUUUGAAUAUAUUAAAAUCUUCAUUUUUUUUUU